AUGUUAUCUAAGUGGGGUGCUCUUAUUUCAAGGGCAAGCUACAGCACCAAGAUGCCAUUAGUUAAAGCAGCUUGCUUGAUCAUCGGGGAUGAAGUCCUCAACGGCAAGAUCACAGAUACUAACUCCCGAUUUUUUGCCAAGUACUGCUACGGAUUAGGGAUCCAACUACGUGAAAUCGUUACAAUAGGGGACCAAAAAGACCAGAUCUGUGCGACCAUUACCAGGCUCAGUGCAGAAAAUGAUUUCAUUGUCACCUCGGGUGGAAUUGGAUCCACGCACGAUGAUAUCACUUACGAGUCGGUCGCUGCUGCAUUUGGCUUGCAUUGCAGCUUGGAUCUGGAAUGUCAGGGUCGAAUGACAAGAAUAUCAAAGCCAGAGCAACGCUACGACCCAGAGGCGCUCAAGGCGUUUUACCGUAUGGCAACAUUACCCAAGGGCGCUGAAGUUCGAAACCACUAUGUUGUGGACGAAUUGUGGGUUCCCAUCGUCUCCAUUAGUCAAAAAGUCCACAUACUUCCUGGAAUUCCACAGCUUUUCGAAAGGCUGCUGACAGCAUUUGUGCCCACUCUAAAACAGGCAUAUCACAUAACCGAGCAGGACCCGCACUUGUACGAACGGUAUUUUGUCAAGACUAAAAAGUCCGAGUCUGAGAUAGCCGCUUUCUUGCGACAACUUCAGGCUCGUUGCGUGGAGAUUUCUUCAGAAAUAAAAAUAGGGUCUUACCCACACUAUGGUUUGGGAUUCAAUACCGUUAGUAUCCUAGGUUUGAGCGAACAUUCAAUUUUCCUCAAAGAGCUUGUGAAGGAAACCCUCCGGGAAUUGGAUGGCUCCACGAUUACGGCAGAAAUGGAGGAGAAAUAUUCUGACAACAGAUGA